CGAAGCAGCUAGCUUGCACGCACCGGAAGUCGAGGAAAACGACGUAGCUUAGCCAUCGUUACCCUCUUAAGUGUUUCGUCCAAAGUAUAUUUAAACGCAUUCAUACAAUAUUAUUUUCUGUUGAACGACAUUUGCCACAAAAUGUCGAGUAGAAAGAGGCCGAGGGAGAAAGAAGAGCGACGCGAGCACAAACGACACAAAUCGACGUCCAAGGAGGACGACGAGAAGCUUAAAAGCCAGAUGAAGAGACUCAACCAGCAAGUACAAAACCUCAAACACAUCGAAACAUUCUAUGAAAAACCUCCACCAGGAUACAUUAAGGAGCACAUGGAGAAACCCGAGGACUGCAUUCCAGCUGAACCCGGAAAUGAGGAUGCGCGCAGCUUCCUGGCCAAUGCGCCCACCAGGGGCCUGUGGAUGCCGCUGGGCAAGGAGGUCAAGGUGAUGCAGUGCUGGAGGUGCAAACGGUACGGCCAUCGCACAGGGGAUCGUGAGUGUCCGUUUUUCAUCAAAGGCAACCAGAAAUUGGAGCAGUUUCGCGUAGCCCACGAAGACCCCAUGUACGACCUGAUUCGGGAAAAUGAAAGGAAUGAGAAAGAAAGCAGGAUCCAGCAGCUGCAGCAGCUUCUCCAGGACACCACGUCAUCCUCCUCGUCCUCCGACUCUGACGGCGGGAAGAAGAGGAAGAAAAAGAAGGAGAAGAAGAAAAAGAAGAAGAAGAAGCGGAAGAAGCAUAAGCAUGCGUCGUCGUCCUCCGAGUCCGAUUGAUGCGCGGCCGCGCGGGGUGAAGUUAAGAAACGGUACCUUCAGACGUCUUCCUCCUUUUCAAUAGCAGAGUGGGCAAGUUUCCUUUUCGUUGUUGCUCAGGUGUCGUUUAUUUAUUUUAUUUUUUAUUUUUUUUUAUAUCCACUCUCCAUGGUUUAGAUGGGAAGAGGAAUGCAAUACGGCUGAUUAUAAAGGAAAAAUAUGCUAGCCAUGUAAUAGAAGUAAAACGAGAGUCAGACAGGUUGAUGUGCGUGAAGGUCGAGAUAGAAGGUGUGAUGAUGAAUGUAGUCCGUGGGCUUCCCCCACAGGUGGUCUGUGAUUUAGAAGAAAAGGAAAAGUUCUGGAAUGAGAUGGAUAGAGUGACGGCGAGCAUUCCCAGCGGAGAGAGAGAGAGAGAGUAGUGAUUGGAGCAGACUUAAAUGCUCAUGGAGGGGAAGGGAACAGUGGUGAUGAGGAAGUGAUGGGCAAGUUUGGCCUUCGAGAUAGGAACUUGGAAGGACAGGGAAUGGUAGAUUGGGAGAGUACUGCAGCAGUGAUCAGGGAGACAGGCAAGAAGGUGCGAGGUGUGGCUUCAGGACAGAGAAAAGGUGGACAAAGAGGCCCGGUGGUGGAAUGUUGAGGUUCAGGAAAGUGCACAGAGGAAGAAAUUAGACAGGGGGCAGAGUGACAGAUGCUGAGAUUCUCCUUAGGAGUGACAAGGAUGGACAGGAUCAGAAAUGAGGUCAUCAGAGGGACAACUCGGACGGGAAAGUUUGGAGAAAAAGUUUAAAGAGGCCAGAUUGAGAUGGUUUGGACAUGUACAGAGGAGGGACAGUGGAUACUUUGGUAGGAGAAUGUUAGCGAUGGAGCUACCAGGUAAGGGGACAGAGAGGAAGGCCAAAGAGGAGAUUCAUGGAUGCCGUGAGGGGAAGACGUGCAGGUAUUUGGAGUCAGAGUAGAGGAUGCAAAGAUGGAAAUGAAUGACUCGCUGUGGCAAACCCUGAAAAGGGACAAGCCGAAAGGAGAAGAAGGAAUAUAUCCACUCUCCCUUCUGGUUUGUGUGAAAACGCCCUUGAGUGCAGAACGCGCAACGGAAACCGCGGACCGUCGCGCUCGCGAGUAAACCCUCAGGACGUGACUGCGCAGCAAACUUUAGAUGGUUUGAGGUUAGGGGGGGGUUGUUUGCUCUGGAAAAAAAAAAAAAAUCCACUCGGCGGGUGAGAAAUGUACGCCAAUGUUUCUCGUGUUCUGAGAAGAAAGACAACUUGUUUUUCCACCGUGCUUGAACUCCCAACUCCAAAAGAAAUGAUGAAGAACUGGCUGUGGCUUGCGCUUCCAUCAGUCUGGAAUGUUGAGAUCACCCCCCCCCCCACCCACCCCCCAUCUGUUGAUCAUCUCGCUCUCACUUGGUUAGGGCAGAUGGUCGCGUAGAAGUCUCGUUUUCUCUCAGAGCUUUCUGCCUCGAUCGCAAAUAGACGAAAACAAAUAAUUUGAAUCGACUUCAAAUCCGCCGGUUGCUCCGCAACAACCAAUCUGGCCUUGCGAUUUUUCUCCAGAUCGAACGCGUCGCUUGCCGCCAUCUUUUUGUCUGAUCGACUUUCUGCAGUUGCCAGACGCACAAUUCUGUCAUGACAAGUUUUGAAGCGUUGCCUCAGAUUGAGAUCCUUGUCAAGGAUUUGCCUUACCUUUGAAGACUUAAAUUCGUCGCUAAGUGUAACACAAAUUCAACAAAAAUAAAAUCAAGACAAAUGAGAUCAUC